UGAUUUCUUGUUAUUAUUGUUGUGGUUGUACUUAAUUAAGAACAACAAUUGUCUCCUCUAUUCAUGUAUUGGUUAUCUUUAUGUAAAAAUAAUGGAGAAUUGUUUCUUUUACUAUAAAUAGAGAUGUAAAAUUUAUCUCUCUUUUUUUAAUAAAAAUAUGUAUCUAUUUAAUUGAAGAUGAUACUCGUUCUUUUUAUUUGAAAAUAAUAGUCGAUAUCUAUAAAUAGGUACGAUUUUAUUUAUCUCCCAAAUAGGAAGAACAAUCUUUUAAGCUUUUGUGAACGAGUUUGCUUGUCCAGUUUUCUUUUUUCUUUUUUCCUUUUUCCGGUAUGUUGAAUGUAUACAAAUUCAGAAAUUGUACCCAUAAGUCUUUCAAUUUUGAAUUGACAAUGUUGCCUUCCUAAAUUUAAUUACUUUAAUUCUUGAGGGGAUGAUGUUAGUUACUUAUACUUAUUAUAUAUAUCACAAUACAGCUGAAUUAUAAAAGAAUUUUAUAAUCUUAAUUUUUGAUUUAACUAUCUUAUGUCAUAUUAACUUCUUCUUUUAAUCAAAAUCUUAGUCACAUUAUGUGCGGCUCAUAUAUAUGGUCAGAUUUAAACUAUAUAUUGAAAAUAUGAUUAAUUAGCUAAUCUAAGUGGAGAAGUAGAUUAGACUUUGUGAAGUCCCUAGCUGCUGCACAAAUAUAAAUAGAGCACAACCCCGUUCCAAUUUUAUUCAUUCCAUAUACUCAUCUUUUUCCAUUGUAUAAUUAACAAGUAGACGCUAGUCUCCACAGUUAUCAUCUUCAUAAAUAAUGGAUCGUCAACCUCAUUAUUCUCCUUCACCACCUCCUUACCCUUACAAUUCUCCUCCUCCACCUCCACCUCCACCACCACCGCCUCCAAAACCACCUAUGUGUAACGAUACCAUACCGCCGCCGCCGCCGCCUCCUCCUCCAUGUAACUAUACUCCGCCGCCAAUAAUAUGUGAAUGCAUAUGCCCACCACCAGAUCACUGGCCUCCUUAUGAUCAUCAUGCACCACCUCCAUAUUCUAUGGCACCACCACCAUAUUCUAAGGCACCAUCACCAAUGAGCCCCGACAGUAACCACGACACCACCUACAUAGCAGUGUUCGUAUCAUUAGGAGGGGUUUUCUUUCUUGCAUUCCUUGCACUUGGGUUAUUCUGUUUGGCCAAGAAAAGGAAGAAAGUGGUAACAAUGAUUCCAGCUGCAGGUGAGGCUUGUAUGGAAGAACGUCAACAUAUCCAAGAGACUAUCACUACUAGCCCUUGCGGUGAACAGACUAUAAGUGUCACUAUAGAUGAUGUUAGACAAGUUCAUGAAAUUGCAGAAGCUGGUAUCACUGAACCAGGGUCUCAUGAUCAUCAUCAUCAUCAUCACAAUAAUGGCUAGCUAAUUAUGUCCAAUAUGAUUUCGAAUUAAGGUUCUUUUAAAUUCUUGAAUUUAGUAUCAAUAGUGGUGUGAAUUUGUACUAUAUUUCUGCAUGGGCUGCUUUGGAAUAAGUUCGAUCGAUUGACAUGCGUUAAGUUUGCAUAAUUAUUGGUUUUUCUUGUGUAUUGUAAUGUUCGUAUAAGUAUCAAAUGAAAUAAAGCAGCAGCAGCACAGGUCCUGUGCAAAGUUUAUCAAGAUCAUAUGCAAUCAAUGUCGGAGAAUAAGGUGGCUGCUAGCAGCGAUGAACAUGUACUACUGUCAUUUUAAGUUUCCAUGUAAUUGUAACAUGUGGAAAGUUCCUUCUUAUUGCCUCUUUGUGAUUAUUUGUAUAUGCGUCAUCAUUUGAUGGAUAAGAAUUUAUGCAAUAGACCAA